AUGGCCGCCGCCGCUCCGCCGGAGACGGCGCUCCCAGCGGCGGCCGGCCCCGCAUGCGAAGACGAAGAAGAAGACGAGGAGCAGUGCCGCAUCUGCCGCUUACCCGCCGAGGCGGACCGGCCGCUGCGCCACCCCUGCGCCUGCCACGGCAGCAUCCGGUUCGUCCACGACGACUGCCAGCUCCGGUGGAUGGCCAUCCGUCGCCUCCACCGAUGCGAGGUGUGCAAGCGCCCCAUCUCCACCUGCCUUCUCUACGCAGCAGACGCCCCUGCGAGGCUGUCCGUGUCGGAGUUCAUGUUGGGCGCGCCCAACAGGAUCAUGGGUCUGCUGCUCCCCCUCUUCUUCGCCAUCUGCGUCGUCAGAGACUCCUUCAUUCGCCUCACCACCCUCUGGACAUGGCGUCUUAUGCUCGCCAGGACCUUUGCUCAAGUGCAUCAUCUACUCUCCAUCAGCUUCUCUACCACCUCUGUCAUCGCUUCGAUAGCGAUCUGGGUUGUGUGCGCGAAUAAGGUUGCGCCGUUUGCUGUAGCUCCAUUUGCACGCUGGGUUGAACGUCUGGAAGCUCGGCGUCAUGGGUUUCGGGGAUUUGAUGGCUUGCAAGCCCUUGCACUAGUUGCUGUUGAAGUUUCCUCACUGGUGUUAACCGUUGACAUGAUCCUUGCUUGUAUUUUUGGUUUUCUCCCAUUCUCACUUGGAAGGAUGAUCUUAUGGUGCGUGUCAUGUUUCAAUUUUGGUAAUGUGGAUGAAGUCGAUUCCUAUACUUCAACAGCUUCCGUCCUUCUAUUUGGAUAUGGAUUUAUCUUUUCUGUGGGUGUAACUUUUGCUGGGCUCUGUACUUUUUGUCAAUACUUGGUGGGUGAGCGCCUCAUGAUUGUAAUUUUCUUGACAAGUCUGUGUGGUAUGUUCUUUAGAGGGAUCGUAUAUUUGAUCACUCUUGGCAAUACUUGUCUCAAUCUUCUGAACAUACUUAUACUACACCCAUUGCUCAUUGGUUGGUUGCUUGAUAUCUGCACUUCGAAAAUGUUUGAUGCAACAAUGUCAGAGAGGUUCAAACUUCUGAUUGCGUCAUCUAUUGCUUCUAAUGCUCUUCAUUGGCUUGUUGGAAACAUCAUUUUGAGUCUACGCCCCAAAUUGUCGAAACUUCUUCAUCAGAUAUUGAGGCCAGGAGUUACCAUUCCCUUUGUCCACCAUAAUGUUCACGAACCAUUCUACAUAUUUUAUUUCAAGAAGCUUCCUGGUCUUUUUGUGGACAUUAUCUUUAUUGUUCUGGUCAUCCUUGUUCCUGUUAAAAUUGCUGUCCAAUUGGCACCUGGGGUGUUCCCACUAGAUAUCACCUACUUCGAUCGUCCUGCUAAAGGCGCACCAUUUUGGCAAGGACUGCGAUACUGUGCAGAGUCACUCUCUGGCAUUCAUCAUAUGAAGUUUCUCAUUGGCAAGACAGUCUUAUACCUCGAGUGGCUAGUGGAGAGGGUAACACUGUAUUGGUUUGUCACUGCUGGAGAGGCUCUGGGGAACAAUGUAACACCAAAAGACCAGUACGGUAGCAGCGAUGAAGUUAAUGAUAAAAGGAAAUAUGUUUCUGUUGGAACACGGGUGGUGCUAGCAUGGUUGACUGUUGUGAUAUUCAGUUGUGCUAUGCUUUUGUUCUCAAUCUCAGUUGGGCGCAGAUUUUUGUUUGCCAUCCCUCAGCUGCCAGUGGCUGGUCGAUUGAAGUCUAAUGAUCUGUUUGCUUUUGCUGUUGGGUUUUGCAUCAUAUCAACUAUUAUUGCUGUCGCUGGAGAUUUAUUUGCCUGCAUGAUUUCUUGGGGGACACACCUUCUAGCUUUGGAGAUGCAUCUUCUUUUCUUCAUAUGGAUUUUCAUCAUUCCUCUCUUGACCGGCUUGCUGGUUGAUUUAUUAUUACUGUCACCCUUCAUCGGGUCUGAUGAUGAUGUCCCAACUCUAGGCUUUUUCUGCACUUGGUUCCUCGGGCGGGUAUUUCUGAAUAUUGCGAACAACUUGGCUCCUGGGUUCGGUGGUUUCCUCCCUUUCAUGGCCAAUUUCAUUGAUGAAAGUUGGGAUGGGGAGAUUUGUUUGGCAAGGGAGGUGCUUACAAGUGUCAGACUAAUAUGGUUGUUGGAAGAUGAAUUAAUGACUGUUGCCACGAAGCUACUCACUGCUCUGGUUGUUCCCUAUGUGCUUGCCAAGGGCAUAUUCCCAAGAUUGGGCUACUCUGUCGCCGUGAACUCAACAGUUUACCGUUUUGCUUGGUUGGGCAGCCUCACCUUCUGUGCGCUCUGCUAUCUUGCCAAGGUAUUCUGCAUUAAACUCCAUGAUUCUAUUAGGGAUGACUACUACGUCACUGGGAAAAGGUUGGAAGACGUCGCUGACAGUAGCCAAAGACUCUUCGCCAAGGGCUCUGUUUCCAGUAGUUAGUUCAAACAAGGAUUGGGUGAUACACGAACUAACAGGUAAACAUGACGGGAUUCAUAGGGGUGAUAGGUUACGUUUACUGAGUGCAGGAAGGAUUCAAUUCAAAUGAGAUGAUGGCAGACAGAUAAAUUUCAUGUGGAACUUGUAAAUAUUGAUGCAGUUUUCCAGUGGAAAAUUUGGAGAGUAGUCUCGGUCAGUUGACAGUAUUGCUCCUGACAAAUUGCUCGUC